AUGGCGGCUUCGCAAGCAGACGCUAAGGACCGUCAGUUCCUGGCUGUGAUAGGAGAUGAGGACUCCGUCACCGGACUCCUCCUCGCAGGCAUUGGCCACGUUACGGCUCCCCCAGACUCGCAAAAGAACUUCCUUGUGGUGGACAACAAGACGGAGAAUGCCACUAUCGAGGCGGCCUUUGAGCGCUUCACGACCGAGAGAAAGGACAUUGGCAUUAUUCUGAUUAACCAACAUAUCGCUGAUAGGAUACGGCACCGAAUCGACACCUACACCGCGGCCUUCCCCACCGUUCUCGAGAUCCCGAGCAAAGACCAUCCUUACGACCCCGAGAAGGACAGUGUGCUCCGCAGAGUCCGUCGUCUGUUUGGCGAAUAA